AUGGAAAAUUGGCAAUAUAUAACCUAAGGUCAACAAAUUAAAUCUUUAGGAAGAGUGGUUCAUUCUUAUAGAGCCAUACAAUAGUUUGUAUUUUUCUGAUUAUUUGUAAGAGAAAAAUCCAAGCUUGACAGGCUCCUCCUCUCCAGUCCCCCCACGAUCAGAAGCUGGAUCCAAAACAGUGAUUAUAACUCCAUCUUUAUCCAAUAAUCUCAUUCAAGGAAAAUAUCUUGCUACCUUAUCUUCUUCCAUCUCUCAUCAACCAAGCUAAUGAUAUAUUUAUAGCUAGAAACUCCAAUUCAUCUGAAACAGUGCUUCACACACAAGCAAUCAAAAAUGCAGGCAGCCAUGAACUUAGUUUCAUCACCUCUUUCGAUUGUAAUACCCACCAAAUCCUCUUUGCCAUUGAAAUCCAUUGCAAAGCUUCAAGGUCGCCAAUUUCCUCGGAUCAGAGCAGCUAAGGUGCAACCUGACACAACAACAGUUGAUUAUAGCUCCAUGACCUCUGUAUUCCCAGCUGAGGCUUGCGAGACAAUCGGUGGGGAAGCUUGUGACGUUGAAAUGUACCAAGAAACGAAGCUCAAACCAGAGACUGGAAACACAGUGCCAAAACCUGCUUCAGAGCAGGUUGAAAGAGAAUAUAUAGACUAUGCCAAUCCCAAAACGGUGUUCCUCGAAGAAGCCUGUGAUGAUCUUGGAGGAGAAUUCUGUGACCCCGAGUAUCUGAGCAAAGGUAACUAGAAAAUCAGGGCUGGAAUUCACAGAUAUUGGUGAAGAUAUCAACUUCUUAUUCUGAUUGAGGUUCUUUAUGUAGUAUUGUGAAAUUAUGAAUAACCGUAUAUCACUUGACAGUGUACCUAACAAAGUUGUGAAAUAAAUAACAGAACCUUGCAGCUAGUGACUCA